UAUCUCUGUAGAAUUUUAUAGAACUAGAUGUUUUAUUUCUUUAAUCACAUUAAUAUUACUCUAGGUCUGGUUUUAUGACUUUUAUUCCCAUUCCAGGUUGCGGAAAUGUUUUGAUGACGGACCACUGACGAUAACGUGCACUUCCUCUCGGCGUUGUCAACAUGUGAGAGAUGGCUUCACGCCCUGAGGAGGUUACUUUGAUCGGUGUGUGUGAUGGACAGCUGGACUCUAAAAGAUACCAGUCCUCAUACCUGACCAACAAGGUCGGGGGUCCGCCGGACUGGUUACCGGGCAUCUCUCUACAGUCUACCCGCUGUGGUCGCUGCGGAGCCCCGUUGGCUCAUGUGGUGCAGGUGUACUGCCCCCUGGAGGCCUCCCCCUACCACAGAAACCUCCACCUGUUUGCGUGCCCAGGUGUGGAGUGCAGCGGCAGGUCAGACAGUUGGAGGGUCCUCCGCUCUCAGUGUCUGGAGGCGGAGUCAGCGGGCACAGCCAGCCGGCCCGACCCGGCUCAGGAGGCUCCUCUGGCGGCCACUGACUGGUGUGACACCGCUGAUGACUGGGGGAUGGAGGAUGAAGAAGACUGGGGAGGAGGUAUGAAAAAGGAGAUCCACAAGGAGGCAGCAGCAGCUCCUGAGGCACAGGCUGCCUGUGAGACUGACGUCAGCUCCCAGCUUCAGGACCUCAGUUUGGGAGAGCGUCAGGAGGAUGUUCCCGUCCUCCGCUCGUUCUUCAUCAGUGUGGUGGAGGAGUCCGAUCUGUUCGGAGAGGAGGACGACCUACGGCAUGCUCAGCGGCUGCUCAGAGAGUACGAGAGGAGAGAAGGGGUGGCGGUGGGAGAGCUGGACGGCGGCGAGGGCAAAGGCGGCGAGGAGAAGUAUGAGAAGACGAAAGCCCGACACGGAGACGCUGUCUUCUCCAGGUUCAUGAAGAAGAUCUCUCUGUGUCCGCAGCAGAUAAUGCGUUACUGUCGAGGAGGCAAACCGCUCUUCAUCUCCGAGCCGCCGUCCAACAUGGCGCAGGUGGUGUCGGCGUGCGGCUGCUGUGGAGGAUCACGGACGUUUGAGCUACAGCUGAUGCCGGCUCUGGUCAGUCUGCUGCAGAGGGGGGACAGCGGCGUGGAGGCGGAGCUGGAGUUUGGGACGGUGCUGGUUUACACCUGCACAAACAGCUGCUGGACGACUGGAUCGAAAUCAGCUAUGGAGGAGAUCUGCUUCGUUCAGACGGACCCCGACCAGCAGCUCUUUAAAUAACUCAACCGUAUUUAUACUCCAGAGAGCAUUGAGGGGGCAACGCUUUACCUCAACAGGUUCUUAGAUCUGAACUGGGAUCUGCCCAUCGGAUUAAAAACAUGUUUAAGAUGCUGAUGUGGACGCUGAUGAUUCAAAGAAAUGAUCAGUCGUUCAGUGAUGAAAGUCUUUUCUUGCAGUUUGCGUGGAAAUAGUUUAUUUUAAAGGAAGAAUGUGAGACUUUUUGAUCCAGUAGAUGUCGCCCUUGAGCUCCAGCAUGAAACCAAAACAA